UCCCCUCGUUUUCCUUUGACAAUUCUGAGCUCUUGUUUCUUAGCGCAUUCUUCUACUCACGUUGUUACUAAGUCUGAAUGUUGCUUGGGUGGAAAGUGUAACUACUUUCUUUUCUGGGUCCUUAAACCCUCUGUUGAUGUUCCUGUCUGAGCAUGCCCAGAGCCAGGGUUCUAGGAGGGUUGGGCGCCUCUGAACAGCUGAACCAUGAAAUAAUGGAGUAGGGCCGGAGGGGGGUGAGCAGCACAUUCUGUCGAUAAAAGAGCUUUCCGUCUCUACACGCAUGGCCAGUUAAUUGGCCAUUCUGGGAAAGCUUUGUCAAGCCAGUUCACCAAGCUGUCUCAUCUACUAGUCCCCAAGCCUUGUGAGGUGCUGCGCUGUGUGAGGCCGGGCCAUGCCUGAGCGGCAGGGGAGGCCCUGAGCGCCUGCAGGAAGCAGCAUGCAGGGCCCUGCCUUGCCUGCCACCGGCCUGGGGCUGCCUCCCGCGCACGCCGUGCCUCUCGUCUGCGGCUUCCUCUUGGCAACAGCUUUGGGCCAAAUGAAUUUCACAGGAGACCAGGUUCUUCGAGUCCUGGCCAAAGACGAGAAGGAGCUUUCGCUUCUUCGGGAUCUGGAGGGCCUGAAACCCCAAAAGGUGGACUUCUGGCGUGUCCCAGCCAGACCCAGCCUGCCCGUGGACAUGAGGGUUCCCUUUUCUGAACUGAAGGACAUCAAAGCUUACCUGGAGUCUCACGGCCUUGCCUAUGACAUCAUGAUUGAGGACAUCCAGGUCCUGCUGGAUGAGGAGAGAGAAGCCAUGGCAAAGUCCCGCCGGCUGGAGCGCAGCACGAGCAGCUUCAGUUACUCCUCUUACCACACCCUGGAGGAGAUAUAUAACUGGAUCGACAAUUUUGUCACUGAGCAUUCAGACAUCAUCUCAAAGAUUCACAUUGGCGACAGCUUUGAAAAUCGCUCCAUCCUUCUGCUGAAGUUCAGCACGGGAGGUUCUCGGCGUCCGGCCAUCUGGAUUGACACAGGAAUCCACUCCCGGGAGUGGAUCACCCAUGCCACAGGCAUCUGGACUGCCAAGAAGAUUGUCAGUGAAUACAGAAGAGAAGGUGUGCUGAUGGAGAUCCUGAAUGCCAUGGACAUCUUCAUAGAGCUUGUUGCCAACCCUGAUGGGUUUGCUUUUACCCACAGCAUGAACCGCUUGUGGCGGAAGAACAAGUCCACCAGCCCUGGCGUCUUCUGCAUUGGUGUGGAUCUCAACAGGAACUGGAAUUCAGGCUUUGGAGGAAAUGGUUCUAACAGCAACCCCUGCUCAGAGACUUACCGCGGGCCUUUUCCUCAGUCGGAGCCGGAGGUGGCUGCCACUGCGAACUUCAUCACCAGCCACGGGAACUUCAAGGCCCUGAUCUCCAUCCACAGCUACUCGCAGAUGCUCAUGUACCCUUACGGCCACACUCUGAAACCCGUCGCAAACCAGGAGGAGUUGUUUCAGCUUGCCGAGGGCGCAGUGAAGGCCCUGCAUGAAGUCCAUGGCAUCGAGUACAUGUUUGGUAGUAUCAGCACCACACUGUAUGUGGCCAGUGGAAUCACCGUGGACUGGGCUUACGACACAGGCAUCAAGUACGCCUUCAGCUUUGAGCUACGAGACACCGGGCGCUACGGCUUCCUGCUGCCGGCCUCACAGAUCAUCCCCACGGCCCAGGAGACGUGGCUGGCGCUCCUCACCAUCAUGGAGCACACUUGGACCCACCCCUACUAGCAACCCUGCCCAGCCCCGAGCAGGAGGGCUCCUCCUCCCCUCCUCCUCCUU